AUGAAGCCGGGGCAAGAAAAGUCAAAGGUUGAUCCGGUCUACCAGCUCGAUGUCACCAGAGACUUCGCCAUCCCCGUCGUCACUCGGUAUGUUGCCGACUUCCUUGGUUUCGGGCAUCUCGUAAAGUCGGAGAGGAGCCUUGAUGCGAAGUACUCCGAGAACGAAAUCUACCAGCACAUCACCAACUGCCAUGUCUACUUCUCGUACAACGCCGACGAGACCAAAAUCCCGAAACGGCGCAAGGUGUUCAAGGACUCGAUGGAAUUCCUCUUUGAACUGACGCUCAACGAGGGGAAUGUUGCCGAGGCGAACAAGUUCCGUCUCACACGGGCGCUCCAGAGCGUGGGAUCAUGGUUCUGGAAGUCGGCAGCCGGCGACAAGAACCCGAUGAGCGAGCUGGGAUUCAAGGUUUCCGAACAGGUCUUGCAAGAGCAGAAGGGCGAUGCUGGUAAGGCGGCGGCAAUUCUGUUGCUGAUUGCUCUAGAUAGCUCGUAUAACUUGGUUCUGGCCUUCACGUCGGUUCUGAACUCAUUCCUUACUGACCGGUACACACUGGCAGCCGAGAAAAAGAAGCCGGGAGCUUCAGCGGAGCAGAGUUGCGAUUGGCUCCAUAUCCAAAACCUUGCGCUGGCGGAGUUUAGGGGUGUGCCGACCAACACCUUUGACGAUAUCAAGAAGAUCGUUUUGAAGGAACAGAGGAAGAGCGUGAAGCUACCCAUUCUACGCAAGGCGGCCAAGGAUUGUGUGGUGCAGGGUACCAGUUUGGCCGUGAAGAAAGAUGAGCUGAUCAUCUGCGACAUUAACCGCGGUGACCGGAAGCACAAGGAUGAUGUCUCAGCCACUGGCAUGCCAGCACCCUGGGAAACCAAAUACCUCUCCUACCACUCCAGCUUCACCGAGAGGUUCGUUAGAUACCACCCCAGACACCUCGCCGCGAACAGUUUGACCGCCAUGAUUAAAGCCCUAGCUCAGAUCAAGGACCUCAGACGUGGCCACGAUACCCAAGGCCAACUGAAGAAGAUCGCCCUCGACUCGUCAUACGUGACAUACACCAACUUCAUGGCACCACAGCGUAUCCGACACAUCAACCCCCAAGUGAGGGCCAAGAAUGCAGAGGUCAAGGUCGCAGAGGUCAAGGUUGCAGAAGCCAAAGAACCCAAGAAGUUGACGGCCAAGGAACUGAGGGAGACUUACAAUCUCGGCAGACUGCGAUGCCCCGCGACGGACACGUACAUGACCCCCAAAUGGGACGAGAUGAUCCCGUUCCCGACGACCUGGAAGGUCAGAUUCAACGGCUUCAGGGAGUCGACAUAUGGUGGCGAGCAACUGCCUCUUCUUCAAUCAAUGAAGGUGCCGGAUGAUUUCCCUCCUUUUUAUGAGCUUCCUGGCGGACCGAGUCAUACGGGUGGCUCGUUUGGAGAGCCGAUUUACCCGCCAGCUCCCGUGAAGCAACAAGACGAGCUGGCCAGCAAGAAGAAACAGGAGGUACAGGCUCCGACUGGGGAGGGCGGAAGUGAUGCGGGGGGCUCUGCCAUUGAGAUGGAUGAUGGAUGUCAGACUAAGGAGAUGCCCAAGGGGGUUACGAACGGGUGCGGAAUUGGAGUUUGA